AUCUUGGGAAACGUUUCCGAGUUCCAGCGAGUCGUUGGUGUGCUGCAGGAAGGAGUGGAUUUUGAUAUUGAUGUCAAUGCAUCUGUCUUUGAAACUAACAUUCGAGUGGUGGGCGGCCUCCUCUCGGCUCACUUGCUGUCCAAGAAGGCUGGUGUUGAGGUGGAAGCAGGCUGGCCAUGCGCCGGGCCUCUCCUGAGGAUGGCAGAGGAAGCAGCUCGCAAGCUCCUGCCAGCUUUUCAGACCCCAACUGGGAUGCCAUAUGGAACAGUGAACUUGCUGCAUGGAGUAAACCCUGGGGAGACCCCAGUUACCUGUACUGCUGGAAUUGGGACAUUUAUAGUGGAAUUUGCCACUUUAAGCCACCUCACUGGUGACCCAGUGUUCGAGGAUGUUGCCAGGAAGGCUUUGAAGGCACUGUGGAAGAAUCGCUCGGAUAUUGGGCUGGUUGGCAACCACAUUGAUGUGAUCACUGCCAAGUGGGUGGCCCAGGAUGCUGGCAUUGGGGCAGGAGUGGACUCCUACUUUGAAUACCUUGUCAAAGGAGCCAUUCUCCUGCAGGACGAGGAGCUGAUGUCCAUGUUUCUGGAAUAUAACAAAGCUAUCAAAAAUUACACGAAGUUUGAUGACUGGUACCUCUGGGUUCAGAUGUACAAAGGAACAGUGUCCAUGCCUGUGUUUCAGUCCCUGGAGGCCUACUGGCCAGGUCUACAGAGCCUCAUCGGGGAUGUAGAUAAUGCCAUGAGAACCUUCCUCAACUACUACACUGUCUGGAAGCAGUUUGGUGGGCUGCCUGAGUUCUACAACAUUCCCCAGGGCUAUACAGUAGACAAGAGGGAAGGAUAUCCACUCAGGCCUGAGCUGAUUGAGAGCGCGAUGUAUCUGUACCGUGCUACAAGAGAUCCCACACUCUUGGAACUGGGAAGAGAUGCAGUGGAGUCAAUAGAGAAAAUCAGCAAGGUGGACUGUGGAUUUGCAACUAUCAAAGACUUGCGGGAUCACAGGCUGGAUAAUCGCAUGGAAUCCUUCUUUUUGGCUGAAACAAUAAAAUACUUGUACCUGCUCUUUGACCCAGACAACUUCAUGCACAAUGAUGGCUCCGACUUUGAUGUGGUGAUUACUCCAUAUGGGGAAUGCGUCUUAAAUGCUGGAGGAUACAUCUUCAACACUGAAGCUCAUCCCAUUGACCCUGCUGCUCUGCACUGCUGUAGGAAGCGUAAGGAAGAGCAGUGGGAGGUGGAGGAUUUGAUGCGGGAAUUUUACUCACUGAAGAAACCCAAGAAAUUUACUUUAAAAAGAGCUUCGAACCAUGGUGAAGGGGAAGGUGCAAAAGACCGUGAAGAUGCUUCAUCAGAGAAAGGUGAAGAGAAGAGGAACUCCAAGAGCUCACACUCUCUCCUGAGCUGCCCCAGUCAGUCUUUUAACUCUAAGCUUGCAGUACUGGGCCAGGUCUUUCUGGAUAACACCUGAUUCUGUUUUCCUCAUCAAUUUAAAUUAUUGA